AUGAGUGAAUAUGUAUCUUCUAUGAUUAAAUACGCUCAUAGCGGUGAUAGUUUUACUAUUUUGGUUAAAAAUAACUUGAAACAAAUCAAAGAAAAGCAGUUUUCUCUUGCUUACAUUGACUGCCCUCGUUUUCGAAAAGAAGGUGAUGAGCCAUUUGCUUUUGAAGCCCAGGAACAUUCUCGGCGUCUUGUUGUAGGACGUCCUGCUUCCACGUGUACGUUCAACGUUGCUCCCACUACCAAGCGUGAAUAUGGUUGCAUUCGUACUGAGUUUGAUUUGACUGAAUCUUUAUUACGCGCUGGUCUAGCCAAGCUUCGUCCUGAGGCAGUUCGCAGAGAAGCUAAUAACGAAAACCCUUAUUUUAAAAGCUUAGAAGAAGCUCAGACCGCUGCUCAACAAGCUAAACUUGGUAAGAAACUCAAUGGUAUUAUUGAAAAUAUUCGCGACGGUGAUCAAUUACGGGUGCGCCUUCUCCUAAAGCCUAGACGCCAUCAGUACAUAAAUGUAUCGCUUGCUGGUGUCCGUUGUCCUCGAGCUACCCACACAUACGGAAAUCAACCCGCUACCGAAGAAGAACCUUUCGGAAAUGCUGCGAGGCAAUUUGUUGAAGCAAGACUUUUACAAAGAAAUGUGGUUAUUGAGUUGUUAGGUGUAACACCAAACGACACCAGCUUCAUUGCAAACGUAAUCCAUCCAGCUGGUAAUAUUGCACACGUGUUGCUUUCUGGCGGUCUUGGUCGUGUUGCCGACAAUCAUAGCGUUUAUCUUGGUCCUGAAGCCAUGCAGAAUUUACGUUCUAUCGAACGUAAAGCAAAGACGAGUAACUUGGGGAUCUGGAAGGAUGUUAAAUUACCAAAUAUCGGCUCGCUUUCUCUUCGUGAGUAUUCUGGUACUGUUUCUCGUGUAAUCUCCACCGAUACUCUUGAAGUACGCCGUGAUGAUGGUUCAGAAACUAGACUCCAACUUAGCAGCAUACGCCAUCCAAGGCCUUCUAAUGAGAAAGAGGCACCUUACCAAUUUGAUGCCCGCGAAUUUUUCCGUAAAAAAACAGUCGGUAAGCCAGUUAACGUCUCUCUUGAUUUUGUUCGUCCUGCCCAAAAUGGAUUACCCGAAAUUAAUGCCUGCACCGUUACUUUUAAUGAUGGAACAAACCUUGCUAUGUUGGCUGUUGAAAAUGGUUAUGCUUCCGUUUUGCGACAUAGAGCGGAUGAUGUCGAUCGUUCUCCAGUAUAUGAUUACCUAAUUCAGGCGGAGAAGUCUGCACAAGAAGCUAAAAAGGGCAUGUGGUCUGGAAAGAAGCCUCAGUUUGAUGCAAUUGUCAAUGCUUCUGAAACCCCGUUAAGGUCUCGUCAAUACCUUUCAUCCCUUCAGAGAAACAGAAAGCUUUCUGUUGUCAUCGACAACGUUAUCAGUGGUUCCCGUUUUCGCUGCUUCUGUCCCAAGGAAAACUGCUCUUUUAUGUUCGCUUGUGCUGGAAUCCGUACUCCUCGAACUGCUCGUAAUAUUCACGAAAAAGAAGAACCUUUUGCUUCUGACUCCUUUAACUUUGCUAAAUCAUUAUUACAACAAGAAGUUGAAGUUGAAGUUCUUUCGGUCGAUAAUAACUCUUGUUUCUUGGGUGAUUUAAUUGUCAAUCGCAGCUCUAAUUUUGCUUUGGAUUUAUUAAACCAAGGUUUAGCCUGGUGUCAAGGUUAUUCUAAUCAAUCAAACAUUCAGUAUACCCAAUAUCAUGAUGCUGAAGCCUCUGCCAAAGAAAAGAAAAGUGGCAUGUGGCAUAACUAUGCACCUGAAGUUGUCCAGGAAAAAAGUGAUGUACCUUCUCAUCCUACUACUUCUGAACCUUUGUAUUUGGAUGUUGCCCUUAGUGAUAUCGCCGAUGAUGGAAAGUUUUCAUUCCAAGUCGCUGGCCCCAAUAUACAAGAAUUGGAAAGCUUGAUGUCCGAGCUCUCUAAUUAUCAAAAAUCUGCACAACCAUUAGAUCGCUAUAAUGUAGGAAUAAACGUUGCUGCUGUUUCUACUCUGGACAAUGCAAUUUAUCGUGGAAAAAUUCUACGCUGUAACCGAGAGAAUCUGAAUGCUGACGUCUUAUUAUACGACUACGGCAGUGUGGAACAAAUUCCUUUCAAAAAUCUGUAUACCCUUCCUGAAAAGUUUUCAAAGUUGAAGCCCCAAGCUCAACUUUCCCGUCUUACAUUCGUACAGCUUCCUCCUCCUAAUUCUGAUUAUUACGAAGAUGCCAGACUCGUCUUUAGAGAACUCGCUAUGAACAAGGGUCUCGUUGCCAAGAUUGAUGGAAAAACAAAUAAUUUUGUUUCUGUAACUCUUUACAACCCCAGUGAUGGUUUUGAAUUCUCGGACUGUAUUAAUACUCAAUUGGUUGCCCUCGGCAUGGCUAGCGUUAUUCCUAAAAGAAAGUUAGCACCAUUUGAGAAAGAUUCUGAAAGCUUGAACAUUUUGCAAGAUUGCCAGCAGCAAGCACGCCUUAACCAUAUUGGUAUGUGGGUAUAUGGCGAUCCUCUUGAAUACGAGGAAUAA